AUGUUCCACCAGCUGAUGGAUCAAACUGUGAAUGGCAGCUGUCAGGGAGCCACCUUGGACUGCAAUAAGAGCGCUGAUGGAAACGCGCUUCAGCUGCCUACUUUUUCCACCGCAGCUAAAGUCCGUGUGAUCAUCACCUUCACUUUGUGCGCGGUGUCUGCCGUCUGUAACCUGAUGGUGCUAUGGGCGGCCGGCAAAGGUGGGAAGCGCAAGUCGCACGUCAGGAUCCUGAUUAUGAACUUGACGGUAGCGGACCUACUGGUGACUUUCAUAGUGAUGCCAGUGGACGCGGUGUGGAACAUCACGGUGCAGUGGCUGGCUGGGGACGCCGCCUGCAGGCUGCUCAUGUUCAUGAAGCUUGUGGCCAUGUACUCCUGCGCUUUUGUAACUGUGGUUAUCAGCCUGGACAGGCAGUCUGCCAUUCUUAAUCCGCUGGGGAUCAGCGAGGCCAAAAGGAAGAGCAAAAUCAUGUUGACCGUGGCCUGGACCAUGAGCGUGAUCCUCUCCCUCCCUCAGAUUGUUAUUUUCCACAAUGUGACCAUAACAGUGCCAGAGAACUUCACCCAGUGCACCACCCAUGGCAGUUUUGUUCAUCGUUGGCAAGAGACACUCUAUAACAUGUUCACGUUUACCUGUCUCUUCCUUCUGCCCUUGAUUAUCAUGAUUUUCUGCUACACGCGAAUCUUUGUGGAGAUAUCCAGCCGCAUGGCUCAGAAUAACUCUCUGUCAAGAGAUAUCCACCUCCGGCGUUCACACAGUAACAUUCCAAAGGCUCGGAUGAGGACUCUAAAGAUGAGCAUUGUUAUCGUGACUUCGUUUAUCAUCUGCUGGACACCCUACUACCUGCUUGGACUGUGGUAUUGGCUGUUUCCUGAGAAAAUGGAGGAAACAGUCUCUCAUUCACUCACUCAUAUGCUUUUUGUUUUUGGCCUCUUCAAUGCAUGUUUGGACCCCAUCACUUACGGCCUGUUUACAAUUCACUUUCGCCAAGGUUUGAGGAGAUGCAGUCAAAAUUCAAACAUCCACACUGAGUUAGGAAAUAAUACAUGUCUUGUGCAGGUGUCUUGCUUAUCGUCUCGCAGGCAGAUCACCUAUGACAGUCCGGGUAAACAGAAAGGGGUAGUUAAUGCAAGCAUCAAAUCAAACAAUACUUCAAGUGCUGUCAUUUCAGUGAGUGAGGUUUAAUGGCUGAAAGCCUUUCAGGGGGACAGGGAUGUCUAUCUAUUAAUGAAUGUUAGCUCAGAUUUGCAGUUUCUGUUCUGCAAAGUCUCAUAUCUUGUCUUUCAAUUUAAAAUAUACUUCGAAUGUCUUAUUUUAGCAACACUUCAGUGAAUGAAAUGUUCAAUGAAGUGAUUCAGCCAAGCAAAUGCAGAAUGUAACAUGCUGUUUUUGAAAAACAGGGAAAAGCUGCUUUCGUGAAGAGAAAUCCCUCAGAUCCAGACCCAUGAGUAAUAACAUACCCGUGAUGAACAUCUAAUUGCUAAAACAUCUUUCUGUAAUAUUUGUGCCUACGUU